AUGGCUGGUAAAUUCGAACCUAAAACUCCUGUUACUCUCAACCCACCGAAAUACGAUCCCAUUUCAGUGGAAGAACUUGCAAAAUGCAAUGGUGCUGAUAGCGAGAAGUGUUAUGUUGCAAUUAAGGGCAAAGUUUACGAUGUAACUGGAAACAAGGCAUAUCUGCCAGGUGGUGCUUAUAAUGUAUUUGCCGGCCACGAUGCCUCCCGCGCUUUAGCUAAAACUUCUACUUCCGCUGACGAUGUAUCACCCAAUUGGUUCGAUCUUGAUGACAAAGAAAAGGGUGUACUUAAUGAUUGGAAUACAUUUUUCUCGAAACGAUACAAUAUCGUGGGGCUAGUUGAAGGGGCGGAGAAUCUAGAUCCAGAGGAUAAGUUAGAUGGUGCCUCGAGUUGA